AUGGGAGGAGGAGGAAGAGGAGGGCGUUCGCCAUGCUGUGACAAGAGUAAGGUGAAGAAAGGGCCAUGGAGUCCAGCAGAGGACGUAAGGCUCAUCUCUUUCAUUCAGAAACAUGGACAUCCCAACUGGCGUUCUCUCCCAAAACAAGCCGGUUUGUUAAGAUGUGGAAAAAGCUGUCGUCUAAGAUGGAUAAACUACCUAAGGCCUGACGUCAAGAGAGGCAAUUUCACUCCCCAAGAAGAGCAUUCCAUUAUUCGUCUUCAUGCCACCUAUGGAAACAAGUGGUCGAAAAUUGCAUCUCAGUUGCCUGGACGAACAGACAACGAGAUCAAGAAUGUAUGGAAUACACAUUUGAAGAAAAGAUCAUCAUUGCUAAUCACUACACCUUCCUCCUCACCUGCUAAUUUCUACCAUAAUAGUCAAACCAUCAUCAGAAAUCAAGAAAUUUCUUAUCAGCAAGCAGAAGCACAUGAAAAUAGCAAAGAUAUAGAUGAUCAUCAGCCAACAUCUUCCAACAACGACUCAGGUGAUCAAGAUAAGAUGGUUUUUACUGGUCCACAUCAUGAUGAAGCAAUUGAGAAUAAUCAUAGUAUUGUUGAAAUGCUUCCAUUAGAAUUUGAGGUUGAUCAGUUUUGGAACAUGUUGGAUGACAUACAAUUACAUGAUCAUAAUUCCGAACCAUUCAUGAUGAGUGGCGAUCAUGAAAAUGGACCACAGAUGGAAGUCGACAAGUGGUUGAGAUUGUUAGAGGAAGAACUUGGAUUAGUGGGUCCAACUCCAACAGCUGCUAGUGCUAAUCAACAAGAUGGUGAAAUUAGCAAGAGCAAGGAUAAGGAUGAGGAUGAUAAUGAUAAUGAUGAUAUGAUGAUGAUGAUUAGGUGGUAGCGGUGAUUGGGUAUAAUCCUGCAGAACAUAUGUGGUGCGAUGAAAUAUCUCUGACGUCGUAAUUCUCCAGCCCUUGUAUUAGAACAACAUAUACGUAUGUAGGUAUACUAGUGUUAUGGGUACGUGGAUA